AAAUGUAAUUUUUGUCUGCACAUUAAGAGCUUUAAAGAGAGAGAUUAAAAUUGAGUGAAAAUCUUCAGCUGAAACCAUGCAGAGAUUAGAGUAUAGAGUAUACUAAUGCCUGUGCUGCAUGACAUGAGAAAAUGUUUCUUCGACAUGCAGCUAAUUCCACUUUGUAGUCGUCAUAGUGUCACACUGUUUUAAUUUCUUCUGUUUUUGUGCCGUCAGUGUCUCUUUGAAGCUCUGUAUGCUGCUGUGGGUUGGUGCAGUUCAUCCAUGGGAGAGAAUGGCUCCUGGUUUGUCCCCUCGUCCAUCCAUCCACUGUUCCUCUCCCAACUGUCCCCCUCUGCAGACCUGGCCGUCGCUGCCUUCCUCACCUUCACAGGUGUUGCAUCAGUGCUGGGCAACGGCACGGUGUUGUUAGUCUACUGUAGGAAACGGAAGAAGCUCAGACCUCCAGAGCUCAUGACCAUCAACCUGGCCCUUUGCGAUUUCGGCUAUAGCCUCCUGGGAGGGCCAUUUUUCAUCAUUUCCAGCCUGUGUCAUGCCUGGGUGUUUGGGGAGACAGGGUGCCUUUGGUAUGGCAUUCAGGGCUUUGUGUUUGGCAUCGGCUCUCUGCUCACCACGUGUCUCAUCUCUCUGGACCGCUGCCUGAAGAUCUGUUGCUUAAGAUAUGGUCAAUGGAUUGAGAGGCGCCAUGUGUCUCUGUCGCUGGCGCUGGUGUGGGUUUACACAUUGUUCUGGGCCUUGCUGCCUGCUUUUGGCUUUGGAAGUUAUGGACCAGAACCUUAUGGGACCAGCUGCACCAUCAACUGGUGGAGAAUGAGGUCGUCUCUAAAUGACAGGAUCUAUAUUCUCCUCAUCCUGGUAUUAUGCUUCGGAAUUCCCACGCUCACCAUCGUUGCUUCAUAUUUGGCCAUCCUCCUGACGGUCUACAGAUCUAAUCGCACUCUGGCAUCUAUAUCGUUCUCCUCUGUCAGUCACACAAGCAAAGACAUGAGACUUACAAAGAUGGCUGCUGUGGUGUGCACCACCUUCCUCCUGGCCUGGAUGCCCUACGCGGCCGUGUCUCUGAUCUCUGCACUCAUUACCAGAGAUGAACAAGAGGCAUCUUUACAGACUGUGGUGGAGGAGUCCACUGAUAUGGCCUCAGGCUCUCCAAAUGCUCCAAAGAUCCUGGACAUCCCCUCAUUUCUCAACUGGACCGCUACAGAAUAUUACAGACAAAUCUACUACAAUCCUGAGAACAAGUGGAGCAAUGUGAACAACAUGAAUUCAGCCUCCAUUACCGGCCCGAGUGACGCCACGCCCAGGUCCACCCUGGACAAAGAAGCUGAACCCAUGACCAGGAGUCCUCAGCUGUUCUCCUGUCUCCCACCUGUAGUCACCUUGAUCCCUGCUAUGUUUGCCAAGUCCCACUGCAUGAUCAACCCUUUAAUCUACCAGAUCAUGAACAGGGAGUUCAGGGAUGACGUCUAUGUGAUGAUGUUUGGCCAAGAGAAGGCAGAGAGGAGGCGAAUGCAGGGGAGGAAAGAGAGCUUAUGUGAAAGGAGCAUCAGCCUCUCCUACUGCCAGAGCUGGAAGAGGAAAAGGAGCGACCCCAUGGCUUUGUCUGUGGGAGGAAAAAACAGAAAUCUGAAGAAACAGAAGACCCAAGGGAGCAGGAGCGGAGGAGGAACAGACACCUGGGCUGGUGAAAUCUCAGCGGUGGCUGAUGCAUUGGACUUUGCUUCCUUGGACUCAAGGCAACAUGGAAAGACACUGCAGCAUCGGUGUACAGAAGACCAGGAGAGAACCGAGAGGGUCCACAUCUAGCACUGUGUAAUAGAUAAAUAGAUAGAUAGGUAAAACGUGUGCUGCAAAAUUACCAAUUGGUGCUCUAAUCAGCCAAAAUAAAUGAAAUCAAUGUGUUUGGGUUUACCGUGGGUUUACAGGGCCUACUUCUAGUGCUGGUCUAGCAUUCUGAGCAAAAAUAAAAACAAUUUAUUUAUG